ACCAAAGCAAAGCAAAGCAAAGCAAACGGAGCGAGAGAAAAGAUCUGAUCCUCCUCCACUCGCGAAAUCCAGAGAGAGAGAGAAGAUGGGAGGGACGAAGGGAGAGGUGGAGGCGGAGGAGCUGCGGCGGAGGAACGGGGAGCUGGAGAAGGAGGUGGAGGAGAUGAGGGAGGAUAUGAUGAGGAUGUGGCGGCGGCUCCAGGUGGCGGAGGAGGCCGAAGAGCGCUUAUGCUCUCAGCUCGCCGAGCUCGAAGCCGAGUCCCUCCACCAGGCGCGUGACUACCACUCCCGCAUCCUCUUCCUCCUCGAUCAGCUCUCCCGCCUCUCCCCCUCCGCCUCUUCCCCUUAGGUCUAUCUGUGUAUCUGUGUAGAUUUCGGUAGCCAUGGAUGGAUCUAAGAGAACAUUUUGUUGUAGUUUUUCCAAAGUGUUCGAUCCAAUGUGCAGCUUUGUAUUUGAUCCUAUAACGAGGUUUUGUGUCUCCUCCUUUCAAGAUUUAA